AUGUCAUCUAGGAAAACCGGACGAUCGGGGGGAACACGCAAAACCUCGGAUUUCAAGGCAGCGACAACGACUAUAAGUGACAAGGGCAAUAACAAGCGAUCACGAGCUCCUGAAACCGACAAAGCACUGCGUAAGAAACCCAAGAAGCCCACGAAGAAAAAAUCGAAACGGUCUGAUAUUGUGGAGAUAUUGAAGAAAGUAGAGACUGGCGAGAAUGUGAAGAACGUGGAGACUGGCAAGAAAAUGAAGUUCAUGGAGAAUGGCGAGGAAGUGGAUAGUAACAAGAAAGUGGAGAGCGCGGAAGGUGGCGAGAUAGUGGAGAGUGUGGAGGCGUCGAAGAAUGUGAAGAGUGGUCAUAGUGUGGAGGGGUCAGAGCGUGGUGAGAAUGGGGAGAGUGAAGUGGAGAAGCAAGCGUCGAAGAGUAAAGUGGGGAGUGUGGAUAGUGUGAAGAGUGCCGAGAAUGUAGAGAACACGGACACAGUCGAAAGUGUGGGAAGUACAGAGUACGUGGAGGGCGUGGAUACAAUGGCUAGCAGCGAAGGAGAUUUCGAUGGGUACAAGCCACGCAAGCGAGCUAGCCAGCAUAUCGCUGAGCUUGAUACUAUGGCAGUGCAGCAAGAAAAAAAUUGUGACUAUCGUCGCCCCAUUUCCCAAAGUACCGAUCAAGUCGUGGACCGAGUUUGA